UCUUAUAAGUUCUGUUUUCCUUAAACUGAUUUAGAAGACUGUGAUCGUUGCAUAUGGUUGUAGAUGCUGAAAGAUCCAUGAUUGUUAUACAGAAUGUAGGGAAAAUUAGACUGUUCUCUUUUUUAUGAAUAUUGAAUAACAAUGUGAUUUUUUAGUGAUGUCCAUUCUGGGGAGUCAUGGUCAUGUGAUGGGUUUUUACACACUGACAUGCAAAUUGACUCCGUUACAACACGGCAAUUAAGUGUGUGUCAAAUUCUGCUGUAGCUGACCAAUACAGAUAAUGUGGCCUUUGCAUCUCUCAAGGUUUUUUCCUCCAUUUAAUUUACAUGCAGCAUGACAACCACUUUAAGACAGGUACAGUAUUGCAUACACACUUAAGCUCUGCAUGGUUUAUAUUCUUCAGUCCCUUUCUAUUCCUGAUGCAUAUGAUGUCUUGUCACAUCACUAGGAAUGAUUAAAGGAGUAGUUCACUUCAAAAUAUGCCCCCAUUCACUUACCAGAGUAAUUGUUAUUCCUACACUGGAAAGGGGCACUUGUUAAAGUGAACGACUCCUUUAAAACAUUAUUUUGAAGUUUCUUGGCAUGUUUAUGUUUUCAAACAUGCAUAUCAGUAAAUGUGUUUAUUAUUUGUACAUUACAUCACUGUUUUUUUCUCACAAAAUGCAUGUCUAAAGAAUACCACAAUGCCUGUUUUCUGAUGGGAAAGACAUUUGAUAUUUUCCACAUACUGAAAUUCAGAACUCUAAAUUAAGUUCAAGUGAAUUCUGUCCGAUAGUUAAAACUAUUACAUUCUGCUCAUUAUAUUUAAAAACGUGAAGUUACAGUAUGUCUAUCUUUUUGCAUCAAGUAUAGUAUAAUUCCUUAUAAAAUCACCGCAGUAGAUGUUUACACGUUUGCCAUUCACUGGCUGAAAGUCAUCAGUAUAAGUUUUUCUCAUUCACUGCAUCUUUGGCCCAUCCUCCAGAGGUCCAGCGGUCCCUCCUCCGGCUCAACCCUGCAUAUGACGCUCAUAUGUGGGUGUAGACACACGCUCAUCACAGCUGAAUUCAGCCUCGCAUCCUCCGUGUUAUCUGGAUUACCUUUCAUUCUUAUAUACCAUUUAUUUUAUUCUUUGUGCUUUGUCUGUUGACUACACAAUGUAUCGUACUGUCAUAUGUGACAAUGGAUACCCGAAUUUUGACUUGAUUUAUUGAUCAGUUCGUCAUUCUCUGUUUGCUGUUGUACGUUUCUAGAUGAUGUUCCUCGAGAUGAGAUCGUAUUAAAUCCCCAAAAGACAUUAAAGGGUGAGGUGUUAUGCGGUUAAUGUUACCAAGAGGCGCGAAACUGAGCUCGUCCUUUUAGCUUUAUUCCGAAAUGAGGCAGGAAAGGUUUGUGUCCUCGAGGAGAUCGAGGGUUUGCGUGAAACGACAGAAUGCAGGUGGAGGAGUCGGUAAUAUUAUUAGUAAUGUGCUGAAGAAACGCAACGGCAUCUCAAGAAGAGCGCCACGCCUGCUGUGCACACUAGAGCCAGGCGUCGACACCAGGUUGAAGUUCACUAUCGAACCAUCUCUUGGCAAAAACGGAUUUCAACAAUGGUACGAUGCCCUGAAAGCAGUGGCCAGGCUCCCAGCUGGCAUCCCCAAAGAAUGGAGAAAAAGGGUAUGGCUGACAUUGACUGAUCAGUACCUCCACAGCAUCUCUAUUGACUGGGAGAAGACAAUGAGGUUUGCCUUCAAUGAUCGUAGCAAUCCAGAUGAUGACUUGCUCGGAAUUCAAAUAGUCAAGGACUUGCACCGGACAGGCUGCAGUUCCUAUUGUGGCCAGGAGGCGGAACAGGACCGGGUGGUGUUAAAGCGGGUACUGCUGGCAUAUGCCCGCUGGAACAAGACUGUCGGCUAUUGCCAGGGCUUUAAUGUUUUGGCUGCCCUAAUCCUGAAGGUCACAGAGGGAAAUGAAGGAGAUGCAUUAAAGGUGAUGAUAUAUUUGAUUGAUAAGGUGCUUCCCGAGAGCUACUUUGCCAAUAACCUGCGUUCCCUCUCGGUGGACAUGGCAGUGUUCAGAGAUCUGCUACGACUGAAGCUUCCAGAACUUUCUCAGCAUCUUCAUCAUCUACAGAAAGUUGCCAAUCGGGAAGGAGGAGGCAGCUAUGAACCGCCGCUCACUAACGUCUUCACCAUGCAGUGGUUUCUCACCAUGUUUGCUACCUGUCUGCCCCAUUGCACCGUGCUGAAGAUCUGGGACUCUGUCUUUUUUGAAGGCUCUGAAAUGCUGCUGCGUGUAGCUCUCGCCAUCUGGGCCAAACUGGGAGAGAGAAUUGAGGAGUGUCAGACUGCCGAUGAGUUUUACAGUAUAAUGGGAUGUCUUACACAGGAGAUGCUGGAACACAACCUCAUCGAUUCCAAUGAACUCAUGCAGACGGUCUACUCCAUGGCUCCCUUCCCAUUUCCCCAGCUUGCUGAGCUCAGGGAGAAAUACACAUACAACAUCACUCCAUUCCCUGCCCCGGUCAGAGCUAACAGCAGUCAGGCACUCCAUGGAUGGGAGAGUGACGAUGACGUUGACAUGGAUGAUGAAGACCCCAUCAUUACCGCUCUGGGCUGCCUGGGACCUCUUGGUGGACUUCUGGCUCCUGAGAUCCAGAGAUAUCAAAAGCAUCUCAAAGAUCAGAAAACAUCGCACAGCUCUCACGGUAGUAACAUUGCCGAGCUCAGUCCAGGGGCGGUGGGCGGAGGACGGGCAGAGCAUCAGGCGGCCAUCAACAGCAUGAUGCUGGAGCGGAUGAGCACUGACAUCAGCGCGCUAAAGAAACAAUACUCCCGCAUUAAACAAAAACAACAGCAGCAAGCCGGUCUCCUCUACAUUCAUUCAGGACCUCCAGUGGAAGCUGAAACUAUUGAACCUCAUCAAACCAGUAAAAUACAGAACCAACACACUGAUAAAUGUCCAGCCACCAGCAUCCUUGCCUCCCAGCUUGGUCCCUCCCCUGUGGUCAACCAUCUUCUGCUAGGUAGGAAGCCCAGGCCUGGUCAGCAGUCCAUAAAAAAUUGUAUCAUUCAUAACGAAGGAAUGUGCCCUCAAGACCACUCGACCCCCAGCCAGGACCACACGUCCCGGGCCAGGCUCCAUUCCCCCUGGCGAAGCCACGUGCGCACCCACCGGAAGAACAUUGCCAGGGCACGGGCCCAGCUCGGCUUUGACGAUUCUCUAGAAGUAGAGGACGACGAAACCUUUGUGAGCAAAACCGAAGAAGUGUCUGAAGAAAAAAGUGAGGAACAAGGGGUUGAAAAAGAGACAGAAAAGCUGGAGAUGUCUGAAGAGACAACGGUGGUGGCUGAAGGCACAGAUACCUCUCCGCAAGACCACAGCUGUGGAGAAGAAGAGGAGGUCCAACAGAUAGAGAACCAGCUGUCUUCUCUCGAGCUGGAACAUUCACCGGAACCAACAACUCCAAACUCCACCGACCUAGAACCUCCUACACCAACUCCACCUCUGGAUGCCCAGUCAGAUGUGGAGCCCAACUCCACUUCUCCAUCUUCAGUCGCCUCCACGUGUCGUCCAUCAUUAGACUCUUCUAGCUCAGAAAGUAGCAGCUCGGUUAGAAGAAGCCCAUCAAACUUAGCAGAGGAACCCACAAAACCACAGAUCUUCUCUCCAUUCCCCAGCAUCAAAACGCCUCGCAAGUCUACCGCCGCAAGAAACUUGGGCCUUUAUGGGCCGACUGCUAGAACUCCAAACGUAAACUUUCCUCAGAUGAGUAGAAGUCUGAAUCAGAUAGGAAGCACCACCAAACGACGAUGAUGAGUGUCACCUACAGACAAGAACAUAUGUGAAGAUAAAGUCGCUGAAACUCCUGAACUAUCAGGCAAGCACACAUACUACAGACUUUAGUAUGAGUCCAGUUUCCAACUGACAUCAAUUAAUGAAGGCUGUUUCUGCUGUUGUUAUUUUUAUGAGAUCCUCCCAAAAAUACUCAAAUAAAGAUCUGAAGAGUUUAAUGAGCUCAAAUAAAACUAUUUGCUGCAUGUUAAGGCCAACAGUAUUUGCCAUGAUGCAAUGUUUACUCGUAUUUAGAAAACUCAAAUGAUCUUACUAUAAUGAUGUAAAAUGUUAUAUUUAUUGACCAUGGGAAAUACUACAGUUUUGAGCUGGACACAGAUGCUACGCCUUUAUUCCAUAAUAUCUAAGCCAUGAAGUUCUUGUAUGUAAAGCAGUUUUGUUGUUCAUGCCUACUUGAUUUAGUUCUUUUGUGCCCUGUACCACAAAUCUGUUUGGUUUAUCAUAAUCUGUGACUUUAAUUAAAUUAAAGUCAACAUAUGUAUGUACGUUCUCCUCACUUUUUGUAUGUCAUCUUCCAAGUAAAUUGUGUUUCAGGUGACAUCUGACAAACACGUUAUUGUCAAAGAGUUGUUUUGAAUGCUGAUUAUUCUUUGGUGCUUGGCACUGGGAUCCACAUAUCCCCAUCAUGAAUAAAAGACAUGAAAGUCAUGA